AUGUGCGCGAAGCAGAGCAGAGACAUCUCCCUCGUGAUGACGUCGUUCUACUUGAAGAUCGUGGGGAUUUGGUUAGCGAAAGAUCGAUCAGAGGAAUGCCGAAGAAAGGCUGCCAUAAUCUACACAGUUUGGGUUCUUUCGUUCAGCUUGUAUAUCUUAUUGUCCGACCUAUACUAUACUUGGGGUGGAGACUUUGGCGAAUUAAUUUACGUAGCGUGCACCAUCAUGACUGUUGUGAUGGUUUUAUUCAAGAUACUCGUCUUGUUCUGGCAAAAAAAGAAAUUCCUUGAGUUGGUCGCGUACUCGAAAAAGAAUUUUUGGCAUUCGAAUUACGACUGCUACGAGAGAAUGGUUAUGAAUAACUGUAGCCGUACCUGCACGUACUUCAUUUGCAUCUUUAAUUUCUUUGCUCAAUCUACAGUUAUCAGUUACGCGAUAUGGCCAAUUAUGGAAAAUAUUGGAAAAAAUGAAUCUGAAAGGCUGCUUCCUUUCAAAAUGCAUUUCGACCUAUUAUCUAUGUCACCCUAUUUUGAGAUGAUGUUCGUAGCACAGGUUCUAACUGCAUACCACAUAGGCGUGGGUUACCUCUGCCUCGACAAUUUCCUCUGCGUCAUAAAUCUGCACGUUGCUUCUCAGUUCCGUAUACUACAGUACAGGUUCGUAAACAUACACAUGGUGAAGAUGGAAGGGAAGUCGAAGGAAGCCUCAGACUCAGCUCCGUUGUAUCAUGCAGACAAAUGUCACGAGACGUUUAAGAGAUGCAUUAAACAGCAUCAGGCACUCCUCGCAUACGGCAACAAGCUAGAGGAAGUGUUCGCGAUAGUUGUGCUGGGACAAGUGUCCCUCUUCAGUUUACUGAUGUGCCUCGACGGAUAUCUGAUACUUCUGGGUGAGUUGAGUGAAGCGAGGCGCCUGAUUUUCGUAAUUCACAUAGCAGGCUGCAUGUGCCAGCUGUUGAUGUUCACCUACAGCUGCGACUGUUUGAUUCGAGAGAGCACGCGAGUAGCUUCGGCAGUCUACUCAGGACCGUGGCUACGACUGCCGGUGAACGAAGGUGGUAGAAUGCUUAGGAAAGACAUGACGUUUGUAAUCAUGAGAUCGAGAGUGUCCUGCUGCCUGAGAGCCAGCGGAUUUUUCAUUGUGUCCCUGGAAACGUAUACUUCGGUGUUGAGUACAGCAGUGUCGUAUUUUACGCUACUGAGGAAUUACUAAAACGAAGCUCUGCGAAUGACAGAAAUUCAAACAAAGAUGACAUUUUUUGACGAUAGUAUCAUGAUUGAACAAUCUUAUUUGAAAUACUCAACGCAUCCAAUAAUUACAUUUGGA